UUUCCACGAAGCAAGUCUCUUCUCUUCACUCACAAACAUACACAGCAUGGUGAAGCUCAUUGUGGGCAUGAUGGGUAGCUCCGUUGCCAAUGGCGCAAAGUCGAUUGCCACACCAGAAGCCGUGCUUUCUUUCCUCGAUGUUUGCCGCACUCACCACGUCGACGAGCUGGACACGGCCCGCGUGUACAAUGGUGGCAAGUCCGAGGAGCUGCUUGGUGCCGUCGAGGCACACAAGGACUUCUGCAUCGCCACAAAGGCGCCAGCCUUUGCAAAGGGGUCACUUCAGUACGAUGCCAUUGUGGAAAAUUGCCGCAAAUCCCUCGCAGCCCUUAAGCAGGACAAGAUCGAACUCUAUUACAUCCACGGGCCGGACCGCUCGACGCCACUAGAAGAGCAGUGCCGUGCGAUCGGCCAGCUCCACAAAGAAGGCAAAAUCGAGCGUUUUGGCGUCUCCAAUCUCUCCGAUGACGAGGUGCAAAAGAUCUACGAUAUCUGUAAAGAGAACGGAUACGUUCUGCCCUCUGUCUACCAGGGCGGCUUCAGCCCGUUGCACCAGGGUUCGAAGAAGACUCUGCUGCCCCUUUUGCGAAAGCUCGACAUGGCCUUUUACGCCUUUUCGCCCCUUGCCGGAGGUCUCCUGGCUAAGAACAUCGACGACUUUGCCAAGCCUGCCGAGGGAACGCGAUACCAUGAGAUGCCCGUAUUUGGCGAUUUGUUUCUCAAAGACGGCAUCAUCAGCGAGUUACGCAAGCUGACGGCAACGUGCCAAGAGCACGGUAUCACUACGCUCGAAGCAACACUGCGAUGGUUCAAGCAUCACUCGCCUCUCCAGCAGCAGGACGGCGUCAUUGUUGGCGCCUCGUCCAACACCCAGCUGGAAGCUUCGUUGGCAGCGUAUGAGAAGGGGUCCCUUCCAGAGCCAGUACAGCAGGCUUUUGUCACGCUCUGGACCAACAUCGAGCAUAUCGCUCCGGGAUAUCAUAAUUGAAUGGAAUCAUUAUUUGCAAGAAUCAAAACAAGUGAUUUCGUUGGGUCCCAGUUCUCCUUCUGGUAGCCACUGCUGCGGAUUGCACGCUGGCGUCCGUCGUCCGUCGCCGGUACCGCGGCGG